CAGGCGGACAGGUAGGCGGGCGGGCGGACGCGCGCGAGCGAGCGAGCGAGGCGUCCGGGACCGGUGACUUCCGUCGCUAAGGGCGUCGCUGAGGAGCGGCCGCCGUUGCCGAACAGUCCUGACACUUGCCUUGUGUUUUUGCCCAGUUGCAAAGAGUUGCGUUUGCCAGUCCCAUUAAAGUGAAGAACAGGAAGUUUUACUAAUGUACCAGGAGCACAAGAGUUAAAGGGGUUAUACAAGAGGUGGCAAAAUCCAUUAGCAAGUGCUCGAGGAUUUAACCUCAAAUCCAACAGCUACAAUGACGACGCUAGAUGACAAGAUCCUUGGGGAGAAGCUGCAGUAUUACUACAGCAGCAGCGAGGACGAAGACAGUGACCAUGAGGGGAGCGACCAGAAAACCAUCCAGAAUCCCAGCAUGUCUGUGGACGGCAGAGAACGGAGUGCUGUUAACACAGGACCUAAAGGUGUGAUCAACGAUUGGCGCCGGUUCAAGCAGCUGGAGACAGAGCAGCGUGAGGAGCAGCGCCGAGAGAUGUCGCGGCUCAUCAAGAAGCUGUCCAUGAGCUGCAGGUCUCACCUGGACGAUGAGAAGGACAAACAGAAGCAGAAGGAUCUCCAGGACCGGAUCAAUGGAAAGAUGACUAUGCAGGAAUACAACAUGAUCCACGAGGGAGAUGACGAAGAGUUCCUGGCGCAGUACAGGAAGCAGCGGAUGGACGAGAUGAAGCAGCACCUGUCCAGCGGGAAGCGCUUUGAGCAGGUGUACGAGCUGACCAAUGCAGAGGAUUUCCUGGACACGAUCGACAAGGAGGAGAAGGGCACGGUGGUGGUGGUGCACAUCUACGAGGAGGACCUGGCCGGAUGCGAAUCCAUGAACGGCUGCCUGCUCUGCCUGGCCGGCGAGUACCCGCUGGUCAAGUUCUGCAAAGUGCGCAGCUCGCUGAUCGGCGCCAGCGCCAGGUUCACCGGCAGCGCCCUGCCUGCCCUGCUGGUCUACAAGGGCGGGGACUUGAUCGGCAACUUCGUGCGCAUCACCGACCAGCUGGGCGAGGAUUUCUUCGCGGUGGACGUGGAGGCGUUCCUGCGGGAGUACGGCAUGCUGCCGGAGAAGGACGUGGUGUCGCCCACAGCCAUCCGGAACGCCUCCGUCGCUCACAGUGACGACAGUGACCUGGACAUCGACUGACCCACUAUUCCCCCCCCCCCCCCCCCCCCCUCCACUCGGCUAUCCCGUCUUCACAGCACAGAGUUUCUUCCCGACGGCCCAAUCGAUCAGAGCAGACUUCUAAAUUAAUAAUCAAUUAAAUAUUUAUACUCACACCAAGUUCAAAAGCCAGGAACGUUUGUACUGUUACUAACAGUGGCUGAUUUUUGGACGUCACUUACUAAUCCUUUUUAAAAAGAGUACAUUUUGCUGAUGAUUACACUUGUCACCGAGCGUCACAGGAAAUCCUGUGAAACGCUUUGGAGACAUUUCGACGACGACAGCGGUAUAAGGCGCUGAUGUCAAAUGCAAGAAUUGUUAUAAAAAUUCACUGUCCAAACCAUUUCUUUUGACGCUCGUUCCCAUAACUCGUUGCUGAGUUCCCACCGUUCCCGUGCAGAUAAUCAUUCCAUCGUGUGGACAUUCAUUGUUGGGGAUAUUUGUUGUGGAGCUGCUCUAGAAUGCUACAAACUACAGCCACUAAAGUAGAGCUAGGCAUAUAGUGAAGCUGUGCUAAACUCAUUGGUAGAUUAGCUACUGACGAAUGCAAAAAAGCAAAGUCCACAGAAAUCUCACAGCACACUUAGCUUAUGGCCAACUCCAUGUACCUCGUGAAGACUUCGCCUGUAUAUAGUUUCCUUUGUAUUCUCUGUACUUUUGCAAAGUUUGAGCGUUUGUGACGCAAUUUUUCUGCUAACGUCAGGUUGUUAUCAAAGCAGAAUCUUGUUUCUGAAACCACUUUUUUGUGACGAGGAAAAUAAUAAUAGUAAAAAGCCCAUCUCUCUGUGUUACUUUGUGGGCUGCUGAAGACCUUGAUGUGUCUGAGCCAAGAAGGUGAUUUUUAGUUUUUAUAGAAUGCAUUUAUUUGUGUUCAACAUCUUGUUCCUUUAUUUAUUUGCGAGACUUAUUCCACAAUGCAGUCAAUGUAUUUUCCUUAGUGUUUUUUUUAAAAAAAGAAGCGUUUGGGGACCUACUUCGUGACUAAUUUACUAAUUUUACUUUCUUUCCAAACUUCUCAAACAAAGCAACAAUGCAAACCAUUUCUCUUUGAUGGCCCUAUGCAGAUCCAUUCCUACUUGAGAUUCUUCCUGCCAGGUUAUUACUGUGAAGCACGAUUACUGGUUCUCGGUUGGAUUAUUUGCAUGAGAUUGUUUCGAGUAGUUCGUUCUUGGUUCAGCAAAGCCGAGUGUGAGACACGAUUAGGAUUUAUAAGCGGAGGUGCUAUAUAUGCAGCAGAAACCAUUAAUUCACAAUGUAACCAGUUGAUAGAUUUUACAGAUCGUUUUGACUAUUUGACUAGUUCCAGAGUAGCAUUUACUGUUUGUGUUCAGAAAGGCUGCUUUCUGUCUUCAAGCGUCAGUGUGGUAACUGAGUUGUUUAAAAUGUUAGUUUUAUUAGGAUAAUGUCCGACACUGCAGAAACUUCUUUUUUGUAUCGAGUUAUUGCUUCCUGUGAAUAAAUGCACUGUACUUUUUAAACUUCUAUUCCGAUCACAACUGGAAGAAAUGUGUACCUGUUUUCAUUUCUCCUGAUAUAAUAAAUGAGGAUCAAUAAA